AUGAGGUGAAAAAGAGCAACGACGAAGAUGAUGACCGACGUAGGAGAAGUGGAAGCGGCGGAAAUUCAAUUAAAACCCGAGGAGGAAAAAAAUGAGGACUGUAUACUGGACUUCUCAGAAGCUACAGAAAAACUGGCUGAAGGUCUUCUGAGUGUUUAUCAACCUCCAUUGGAACAAGUUAAGAAAGAACUUUUCGAGCUAACGAGUAAACAAGAGGCUCUGCUCUCUGGAAUGCAGUUGGAAAACAAAAGGAUACAAGAAACGUUUGAAGAUAUAGAUUUAAAUGAUAUGUUUGCAACAGUUAAAAUUUAUCAAGGAAAAUUGGUAUCGAUAAGGAAAGAAAUGAUUAAUAUUCAUGAAAGGACUUCCAAGUUAAAGAAACGCGCGUUACGCCUGCAGCAAGUAAAACAGAAGGAAGCGUUGAACAAGGAACAUCAACGUGAGCAAGAGUUGCGCAGGGAACAAGAAUUAAUUGUUUUCGAUCAGUAUCAAAAGGCGCGAUUGCUCUUCGUACAAUCUGUCGCAGAUUUAGCCUCGAAACCUAAUAAUAUCGAUAGCCUGGAAGCGGCGGGUGCGAUAGAUCUGUUACGUCCUUUAUUAGCGGAUUCCGUGCCAUCCAUACAACACAUGGCAGCGAUCGCUUUAGGCAAGCUAGCGAAUCAUAAUUCCAGACUGGCGUACGUCGUCGUCAGGAAAGACAUAUUGCCACAAUUGCUGAAGAACAUUGACAAACAAAAUAAAUUUUACAAGAAGGCAGCGCUUUUUGUCUUGCGAGCGAUAGCGAAACAUUCGUCGGAGCUAGCGUUGAUAGUGGUGCACAACGAAGGAAUGUACACUAUAAUUGAAUGUUUGGAAGAUUUCGAUCCCGGCGUGAAGGAAGCGGCCGCUUGGGCGCUGGGUUACAUCGCGAGGCACAACAAGAACUUGGCUCAAGCGGCAGUGGACGCCGGCGCAGUGCAGCUCCUCGUACUGUGCUUGCAAGAGCCCGAGUUGUACAUUAAACAAAUCGCUGCGUCGGCUAUUAGCGACAUAAGUAAGCACAGUACCGAACUUGCGCAAUCGAUAGUGGACGCAGGUGCGAUCGUCUUUCUCGCGAAAACCUUGGCAAACCCGGACGCCAAAGCGAAGCGUCAAGCAUUGUUAGCGCUAAGCAGUAUAGCUAAACACUCCGCGUAUCUGGCGGAGGCUGUGGUGGAGGCGGAAGUCUUUCCGGACGUUCUGAUGCACAUGGCGCAUCCGGAUGAGAACGUCGGCAGGGUCGCGGCCGUAUUAACAAGGGAGAUCUGCAAGCACACGCUGGAAUUGGCGCAACUUGUAGUGAACAACGGAGGUAUCGCUGCGCUAAUCGAGCUAAUCAGCGCCUCAAAAUCUGCGAGCAGAUUACCGGCGAUCAUGGCGCUCGGAUAUAUCGCCGGUCACUGCGAUCAGCUGGCUUUGGCCGUGAUAGGAUCCAAAGGUAUUGUACAAUUGGCGAUCGUUUUGCAAGAGGAAACGGAGGAUCACAUUCUCGCGGUGACCGCAUGGACGAUCGGGCAGAUCGGCAAGCACUCGUCCGAACACGCGAAAGCGGUCGCGGUUGCGAACAUAUUGUCUAAGUUGUUGGAGUUGCACAACGAUCCGAAGAGCUCCGAGGAUCUCAAGGCGAAGUGUAACGCAGCGCUGAAGCAAGUCUUGCAAAAGUGCGUGUAUAUCGAGGCUCUCGAGCCUCUGCUGCACGAUGUGCCGCCCAAUAUCCUGAAGUAUGUAUUAGGGCAGUUCAGCAAGAUUUUGCCGAACGAUGCCCGUGCAAGGAGGCUGUUUGUGACAUCCGGCGGCUUGAAGAAAGUGCAAGAGAUUCAGAGCGAACCUGGUACCACGCUCUCAGAGUAUAUAACGAUCAUCAAUUGCUGUUUUCCGGAGGAAAUUGUCAGGUAUUAUUCACCUGGUUAUCCGGACAGCCUUCUUGAAGCUGUAGAGCAAUAUCAGCCGAAGUGCCUUUUCACGUUUGAUCACAAAUCGUCGUCCGAGUCCACGAAUUCCAGCUUGCCUUCGAUUUAUAACGAUGAAGGAUGAUUCUAAAAUAUCGCGUAUUUAAUAUCGUAUUUUUUAUUGCGUAGCGAAACACAUUCCCAGAUAUGCAUU